AUGAAGGUACAAUAAAAUACAACCGUUAGCAGUGUGCACCGCUAGGUAGCUAACGGAGCUAUAUUACAGAUGGAUUGCUGUUGCCAUAAAACUAGCUAGCUAAUAUCUUCAUGUUACAAUGCGUGUUGAGAUGCUUUAAUGUUAGCCAAAAAGUUUGCUCUGUCUAAUGCAUAACAUUAGCUAUAUUAGACUGUAGUGAUAUAAACAAUAUAGAUAUUGUCUCUGAAAUACACCCUUUCCCCACUGUUUCAGGAAGGAGUGAAGACUGAAAACGACCACAUCAACCUAAAGGUUGCAGGUCAAGAUGGGUCAGUCGUCCAGUUCAAAAUCAAAAGGCACACUCCGCUCAGCAAGCUGAUGAAAGCGUACUGCGAAAGACAGGUUUGGCUUUCCUUAAAGUUUACAUUCAUCUGACUACUCUUCUGCUGAGGCUGAUUGGACAACCUUACAGGGCAACUCCUGACCACAGUAACUUGCUAGAUGAGUAGAUAUAACCUCUCCCCUUUAUUUCAGGGUUUGUCAAUUAGACAGAUACGGUUUAGGUUUGACGGACAGCCAAUCAACGAAACGGACACACCUGCACAGGUAGGUGACACUUUCGUUAUAGUCCUCUAUAAUGCAAAGAUUCAAACAAACUGAUAUCAUGCACAGACGGAGUUACAUGUAGACAUAUUUUGUGACUUACUGACAAUUCUAUGUAUUUGUGUUGGCAGCUUGAGAUGGAAGACGAGGACACUAUUGAUGUAUUUCAACAACAGACCGGAGGAGGCUCCUCCUUCUCGGAGGCUUCUCUUAAAAGUGUAUGGACCCCUCUCUGA